AUGGUGUCGAGUCUUCGAAUCGCCAUUGACAACAAACUAGGUGAUAUGGAGAGUCUCCGAAACCAGUUGUACACCUUGAACAAAUUGGAUGAGCAACGAAUGAUGGCUCAGUGGGCGACAGAGACGACACAACAGAGGUGGAAAAUGUGGCACAACAAACACCUGCAAAGAAUGCAGUUUACUCCCGGACAGCUUGUGCUGAAGUUUAAUGGAUGCAAUGAAAUAAAGCCUGGCAAGUUCAAGGUAAAGUGGUUGGGUCCAUUUAAGGUUUGUGAAGUUGGUGCGAACGGAGCCAUUAAACUGUGGACGCUUGACGACAAGGAAAUACCUGAUGCAGUCAAUGGCUCGAAAUUAAAGGUGUACUAG